AGACAGAGUGUCCUGUUCAAAAAAAAUAUUACAAAUUAUUUCGGCUUACUGUCCGCUCCCGCAAAUUCCUGCUCUUUAUUCUUUAACUUCUCAUCUCCGAGCCUCUGUCUAUAUAGCCCUCCGUAACCAGCAAAUUCUCCUCCACAACAUCCGCCAUGGCCGCUUCCUCUUUCCUCCUCAUCGCCGCCGUGGCUCUGCUAGUUUGCCCGGCCCUUUCACUCACCUGCACAUCACAGACAUUUUCCCAGAACAUCAAGUUCGCAAACUGCACGGACCUUCCUACUCUAAAGGCCUUCCUCCACUGGACCUACGACCCGACAGCGAAGCCCAAACCGACCCUUUCCAUCGCCUUCAUUGCUCCUCCGGCGAAGUCAGACGGAUGGAUUGCUUGGGCCCUAAACCCGACGGCCUCCGGCAUGCUGGGUGCCCAAUCACUCAUCGCCUUCAAAGACACCAACGGAUCCGUCGUCGUGAAGACGUACAACGUCUCCGUGUACGGCCCGAUUUCCGAGUCGAAGAUCUCGUACGAAGUCCUCAACAAGCGGGCCGAAUCAUCUCAGGGUGUGAUGAGGAUAUUCGCCACGCUCGCAUUGCCGUCCGGGAGUGCGGAGGUGAACCAGGUUUGGCAGGUGGGGGCUUCCGUUAAAGACGGGGUGCCGGCGAAGCAUGAAUUCUCGGCGGAAAAUCUAGGUGCGAAAAGCAAGCUGCAGUUGGUGGGUGAGGCGGCGGAGAAAGGAGGGAGUCCGGCUGCUGCACCGACGUUGGUCCCGGAGGCUGGAGGGCCGAGCGGGAAUCAAAGUGGAGAAAGCUCGAGGGUUUGGGGGAUUGGGUUGGGGCUGUACGGAGCUUUGGUGGUAUUGGGGGUUUCUAUUUUUGGAUUGUAGAUGCCAGAAUUUACUAGUAUUUUGUUCGCGGAAAAUAAAUAUAUGUAGUUGGAGGAAAAAUAUUGAAAUU